UGCCGGUGGUCAGUGGCCCUAAACCCUUGCUCUGCCUUCUCCUCUUUCUGCUCCUGGACCCCUACAGCCCUGAGGGGGGUCGUCCUCCUCAGCGAAGGUUUGAAUACAAGCUCAGCUUCAAAGGACCACGGCUGGCUUUGCCUGGGGCUGGAAUACCCUUCUGGAGCCAUCAUGGAGGCUGUGUGGUAUACCCAGGACAGGGGCCAAGUAAGCUCUGUCCUGGGGGGUCUGGCCUCCUGGGACGGCAUCGGGAUCCUCUUCGAUUCCUCGGCUGAGGAUACCCAGAGCAGCCCUGCCAUCCGUGUGCUGGCCAGUGAUGGGCACCCCCUCUACGAGCCGCUUGGGGAUGGAGCCAGCCGGGUGCUGGGCUCCUGCCACCGGGACUUCAGGAACCGGCCAUACCCUUUCAGAGCACGGAUCACCUACUGGGGGCAGAGGCUGCGCGUGUCCGUGAACAGCGGCCUCACUCCCAGAGACCCAGACGAGGUGUGCAUCGAUGUGGGGCCCCUGCUUUUGGCCCCUGGAGGUUUCUUUGGGGUCUCAGCAGCCACCAGCACCCUGGCAGAUGACCAUGAUGUCCUGUCCUUCCUGACCUUCAGUCUGAGUGAGCCAGGUCCAGAGCCUCCCCCCGAGGCCUUCCCGGAGAUGGAGCAGCUCCGCUUGGCAAGGCAGCUAGAAGGUCUGCAGGCAAGGUUGGCCCUGGGCACCAAGGAGGACAUGGUUCCAAAGCUGAAGUCUGAAGCCCAGGAAGAGGGGGAAAGGAUCUUUGCCCUGGAGGAGACGCUGGGCAGACACAGACAGAUCCUGCAGGCUCUCCAGGGUCUCUCUGAGCAGUUGGCCCAGGCUGAGAGGCAAUGGAAGAAGCAGCUGGGGCCCCCAGGCCAGGCCAGACCUGAGGGAGCCUGGGACUCUGCCAAAAUCAGCACCCUGCUCCAUGGACAGCAGACUCUGCUCCAGGACCUGCAAGAGAUGAGGGAUGCAGCUGCCCACGUGGUCUCAAGAGCCCAGGUCUUCUACCUGCCUGUAGGCACCAAGCAUCAUUUCUUAGAGUUGGCCCAGAUCCUGAGCCUCCUGCAGAAGGACCUUCGGGGCCCAGUGGUGAGGGGGAAGAAAGCAGGAGCCAAGGACCCUCACCCACCUGGCUGGCUCCCAGGGGCCUCCUCAUGCCUGCGGCCAGGCAUCUUCCUGUUCUUCCUCCUCAUCCAGACUGUAGGAUUCUUCUGCUAUGUGCACUUCAGCAGGCAGGAGCAGGACCAGAACCGUCCAGACUAUUUGUCCACAGGCAGCCUUCCUCUGAGUCCGGCACCACCCAUCCCUAGGGCCCUGGGGGUUCUAAGGAGGCAGCCCCUCUCUCCCGGCAUGCAUGCAUGACCCACCUCAAAGCCCUGAAGGAAUGUCCACUUCUCAUCACUGGGAAGUAAAUAGUGUCUAGCUGGGCGGAGGGCUUGGCCAGUAUCCUCUCCCUCUAGGUGCCCAGCAACUACCCAUACCUUAGCUUCUGCAGAGCUUCCACCUUAUUAAAGAUGACUUCCCUCUCCCCAUGCUGUGCUAUGCUCAUUUACCUUCCAGCUGCACCUUAAUCUCUCUGAAGACUUCCCCCUUUUCUGGACAGGUAGCUGAGAGUGGGCUCCAAGUACACAAGGAGGCCAAGAGCUGGCUUUAAUGCCAAAAGACCAGACACCCCGCAGGCCUUGAGUCCUGGACUAUGGAGGGAGAGAGUCAUAACAGUAUAAUUCUGUCCCUCCAAUUCACCCAGAACAAGAAGUGGUGUCUCCAGGUACCCUUCCUAGCUCAGCCAGCAUCACCUUGAGCAACUCUGUCCUGCCCUCCCCUCCUCCCCGCUCAGUUCCAGGGGUCAGCAGGGCAGGCACGUGACCAAGAACUCUAAGAGGCAACCCAUGGAGCCAUGAUUGGGAUUCCCGCUCUCUGGUCCCCCCUCCCUUCCCCAGCCUCAAGCUCUUUGGGCAGCUGCUGGGGAAGCAGGUUGGGGAGAAGGAUGGGGUGGGGCCCAGGGCUGAAUCUUUGUCCCUUGCUUUUACUCCGAUCUCCCAGCUGAAAUCCUAUCAGCGACCUGGGAAAGGAGGAAGUGGGCGGAGAGUAGGAAGAAAGGUUCAGGGCACGAAUUAGCGAAACCCCUUUCCCAGGGGAGCGACCCCACCCCCAAAGGCCCUAAUCCAUUGUCAG